AUGUCGAAAGGGAUGGCUAUUCAUGCCGAAGGCAUCCAUGUGGAGAAGGUGCCAGAGCAUGAACAGCUCGUCGACAGGUUGAACAACCUCGAUCCGCCAGUGACGCCAGAGGAGGAGCGACGUGUAAGAAGGAAGAUUGACCUUCGUCUACCACCAUUUCUUUUGGUCUUGUACAUCUUCACCUGGCUGGACAGAGGCGCCCUCGGAAACGCCGCGUUGAUGGAUAUCAAGACCGACCUCAACAUCUCCGGAGCUCAAUUCAGUCUUGCGGUGAGCAUGUUCUUCGUAGGGACAUGCGUGGCCGACCUCUUCACCAACAUCGGCAUGAGAUAUAUCCGUCCGAGUCUCUACCUCGCAGGUGCAAUGGUCAUUUGGGGCAUCGUGGCAACGCUUCAAGCAGUCGCAGGGGGACCAGGAGGCAUGUUUGCGAUUAGAUUCUUCCUUGGUAUCUUCGAAGCGGCUUUCAUUUCGGGUGCUCCAUACUUGACGACGGUGAUGUAUCCUCGAGCUGAGUGGGGAAAGCGUAUCUGUGUCUACCUGUCUGCGACACCCAUUGCUGGCGCUUUUGGAGGCUGGAUCGCGUACGGGGUUGCACAUAUUAAGAACCCUAACAUCGAGAACUGGCAGGUCCUCUUUAUUCUGGAGGGUCUGCUCACCAUUGCCUUUGGUAUCCUCUGCAUCUGGGUUCUUCCCGACCGUCCACACAACACCAAAUGGCUUACGCCCCGGGAGCGCGACGUGGCCGACUGGCGCAUGAUGCGCGAUGGCAACCGCACACACGGAAAGAUCCAGUGGUCUACUGUCCUCAAGCAGCUCAUGGACUGGCGUAUGUGGAUGAACAUUGCCAUUUACAUGUGCCAGGUCGUAUCCACGUACACCAUUGCAACAUUCACCCCUAUCAUCGUGAACACGAUGGGAUUCGACAAGGUCAAGGCCCAACUCAUGGUCGCACCACCCUAUUGCGUUGCAUUCGUGAUGGUGUUUGUGGUCGGGUACCUCUCCGACCGCUUCAAGUCAUGUUCUGGUUUGCUAGUCAUCAACUCGAUCGUUGCGGCAAUCGGUGACCUGAUGCUUGUCCUUCUUCCCCAUGAAAACAACCAUGCCCGUUAUGGAGCCACAUUCCUCGUCAUUACUGGGAUCCUUUCUGGGGUGACUCUGUCAGUCGGCAACAUCACGGGCAACUGCUGUGGGGACAUCAAGAAAGGAAUCGCAACAGGAUUGUUCCAAGCUUUCGGAUCAACAAUGGGUGUAGCGACCGGCUAUCUUUUCCCAGCAAGAGAUGCUCCGGAGUAUAAGAUGGGCUUUUGGGUCCUGUUUGCGUGCACGUGCUUCACAGGUACGGGUUCUGCGGUCAUGACGUUCAUCAAUAUCCGCGAGAACAAGAGGAGAGAUGCGGCGACUGGGCCUCCUCCAACCGACCGUGUGAUUAACUUCGACGAGGAUGGUUUGAUGGAGAAACAUCCUCACUGGAGAUACUACAGAUGA